UCAGUUGUCAAAAACAGGGAUUAACUAUUUCGACGGUUCUUGUUAUGUGUAAGCUUGCAUGGACCCACUCAAGGGUUUGAAUUCCCACAUGUCAUUAUCCUAAGCCUCACAAACACGUACCCACCAGUACAAAAUCCAAGUGUCACUUCCUCCUCCCUCUUUGCUUCAUGUUGCCCUUCUCUCAUUGGCCAAUUCCCACCGUUAAAAAACCUCUCCUUCACCUCCUUCUUUAUCCUUCUCCGGUCACAGAACCAUUUCACUUUUAACCCUCCUCUGUCUUCUUUCUUCUUCACCACAAUUUCCUUCACUAUCAUAUUUCAGAAAAACUCCAUAUCAUCAGCUUCUCUCAGGGGGCUGUUUCUUAGUCUUUGGCCACCAUGAUCAAGACCCUCAAUCCAUACGCCACCACGGCGAAAACUGCCGAGAUCAUGUCGAGGUAUAGGCCCAUAGCACCGAAGCCAGAGACACCCACAAGCCCCACAAGCGAGACAACGUCCACAUCACAGAAGAUCAGGCAGUCCCCUUAUCUGAGAAACCUCUGGCCCCAGCUGCAAGCCAGGCCCACCAGAACCAGAAAGAGGGGCCGAGCUGCCCUGUCUCCGCCGAGUCUCAAGCGGCAAAGAACCAACAACGCUCUUGGCCUCACUCCUCCUUACAACCACCUUCCUCCCCUGCAAGGCUUCUCCACUCACGGCCUUCAACAAAUUCCCACCACAAGCCUCACCUUGGAGAAGCCCGCCGCAAAUUUAGUCACUCUUCCUCUUCUACCGUCAACCCCCAUUGUCACCAACCAAGCUGCGGUAUCGGAGCUCGACUGGAUGAAAGCUUGUGGAGAAGAAAAGCAGCUCAUAGACCUGAACACAGUGGCGGAAAUUCCAGAGGAAAAGGAUCUCCUGCAACAACUACAGCGGGUUCCGGUUCCCGCGACCGUGAUAGCACCUCAGCCGGUUCGGCCGGUGGGGUCCAGCAUAUGCGUCCGGUGCAUCAGUGAGGACCCCAAACUGGCUUCACAAGCAGCCCAAGCUCCCAAGAAACCGGAGGAGGUCGAGGAAGAGGUCGAGUCCGAGAUUCUCCCCGCCGUCAUAUCGGAUUCCAACAACAAAGUGAGGAUGGCGAAUUCCGCUUACAAAGAGAUGGUGGGUCAGCCCGAGUGUUCGUGGCUCGAUUCAAUGAUGACCAGUUCAUGCAAGAGAAUCGGCGGGGAAGUGAUCCUGCAGCUUUCCGAUUCCAGAGUGCCGAUUUCCUCAAAUGGGUUCUCUUGCUGGGUGAGGAUAGAAUGGGGUAGUGAUGAGAAUAAGAACUCCGUUAAUGCUUUCUGUGACGUUAUAAGGCUGUCCUGUGAGUCCAAAGACUACGUCUUCACUUGGAGGUUCCACAUCCACCAUACCAGAGAAGCUUCUCAAUCAAGCUGUAAUGUAUGAGUUUGUGUAUAAUGUACAUAUAUUAGCUUAGUUUUGUUUAGUUAGCUAGAAAAUUCUGCACCUUAGUCUGCUAAAUUGUAAUUGUAUGUCUUCAACAUCGAGUAUAGUUCUAUUAGAUGUUGUUUUUAGUGUCCCAGACCUCGCUCUUCAAAAGAGGCAAUAAGUAUGUGAUAGUGUGAAAUUUAUAUUAUUCAUAAGCUUGUCCAUUA